AUUCAAGAGGGGCAAACGUUUCCCCAAAAGCCGACCUCCGCCUGGUGUAUUGAUCAUCCCUCAAUUUAUGAAUAUCACAGUUUGGCAUUUACCAAUAAUCCCCCUCCCCUCGUUACAACAACAGCCGAAAACAAUCGUCAGUGUUACAAUAAAUCCAAUAACGCCAGAUGUCGAGUAACGAAUGAAUUAUCAUUGUAUUUACGACGCAAUAGGGCCACGUUCUAUCGUUCUUCUUAUGACGUCACUGUCCGCGAGUUACACAAGCGUCAUCGGUCAGUCUAUUUGAUAAAUUUAGCAAACAACUGAGAAAACAGCGAGUUGAACUUAGUUUUCCUAUUUUGUGGUAAAUAAAGUCAUCAUUUUUUGACUGCUAUCGUCGCCGAAUACUGUUGAAUCAGUUUGACAAGUGAAAUUUCCUUGAAUUGCUCUUGGCCAGUGAAACAUUACAGAGUGAAUUCAUGUGAAAAUAAUUAGACAUUUUUUCCGAUUUAAUUUAUGGAGAAUAUGUGAAAAGUUGACGAAUUUCCGUCGUCAAGGAAAAAAAGGUUUUGAAGAACAAUUGUUUGGAGAUCGAGGGGUAAUAAUGUCGAUGCAACAAUUCUGCCUUCGUUGGAAUCAUCAUCAACCGAAUUUCAUAUCUGUUUUUUCAACUCUCUUGAGCAAUGAGACUCUAGUUGAUGUGACGCUUGCAGCUGAAGGGAGACACUUGCAGGCACAUAAAGUAGUGUUGUCAGCUUGCAGCACGUACUUUCAGUCACUAUUUACGGUCAAUCCAUGCCAACAUCCUAUUGUUAUACUGAAGGAUGUGAAAUUCUCAGAUCUCAAGAUUAUGGUGGAUUUUAUGUACUAUGGGGAGGUCAAUGUUUCUCAGGAUCAAUUGCCAUCUAUUAUUAAGACUGCGGAGAGUUUAAAGAUCAAAGGUCUCGCCGAGAUGCACACAGCGUCAUUAACGAAGUGGCCAAGCGGUAGUUCAGAGCCGAGCGAUGGAAACAGGGGUGAAUCUUGCUCACCUAGUUCAUCACCAAUGUCACCAUCCUACAGGAGAAAGCGAUUGAGGAAGACGUCAACUGGUUCCACGUCUGGAUCAGGAGACAAACAGGAGGAAGUCAGUGAAAUAACUCUUGUUGCUACGAAUAUCGUCAAACCGGAGCCACUCAUUAUGACACAAGAGAGUGGUGAGAAUUUGAGGCGUCCUAUUAAUACCAACACUGAGUCACAGGGGAGUAUCGAUGAGGAUCAAAUAUCAAUUAUGAGCAACAUGGAGAGCAGUACAGCAACGACACCCGCCCAAAGUGAGACUUCCAUGCAGGACGUGAGUCAGCAAUCAGGGACAAAUGUACAGAGUUCAUUAUCAUCAGGGCAGACAUCAGCACAUCAAGGAUUGCAAUGGACAAUCAUGGAGCACACGUAUCCACGUUUCGCUCUAUCCUCGUGUCAAACGAAUCUGUCGAUUCAAGCAUCAUCGGCAUUCACAACCCCCGAAAUAACAGCAUCAUCGAGCAUCAAUGAUCAGUAUCCUGGUACAAAUACCCCAGGCUCGAGUUGUGCAUUAACGAAUUAUACGAGUCCAACUCAUGGAGGACUGCAGCCAUCGUCAAGUGGUCCAUCGCCAUCGGGACAGUGUACAAAUACAUGUCAGAGUCCUUGUGCUAGUCCACAAGCAACAGUCAAGAGAAAGAGAUCGACAAAUCCCCAGGCAGAUGAGAAUUUCAUCAGGGCUUUGGAUGCCGUUCGUUAUGGGGGCAUUGGUUUUUGCAAAGCGGCAAGAAUGUUUGGAGUUAAUAAUCGAACACUGUGGCUCGAGUACAAGAAGAGGGGCUAUCCCAAUAAUCGUCCAAGUCUCAAGUCCAGGGUCAAACAGGAGGCACCCACUUCACCACCACCAGCGCCAACAUCACAGCCUGUUAACUCACAAAGUCCUACACCAAUGGGACCUCCUAGCACUCCUCACAGCACACAUAAUACUCUCAAUACUCACACCAUGCUCACUGCACACAGUCCACACAUGCUCAGCAGCUAUGUGGAUACCAGGCAUAAUGAUUACUCAUUGCCCAAUACUAAUAUGCCCAUUAAUUUACAUGGAGUUAAUUACAAUGCCAUGUGAAAUGAUGCGUUCUCUUAUGUGUACAAAUAGGGGGAGCUUUUUGAGGUCUGGGGAGAGAGUGAAGCUGAGAAUCUGUGAGAUAAUUUUGUAGAAAAUGGUUUACUAGAAUUCAAUUAUGGAUAAAUAUUGGGUGGACCUUUUUUGCAAUUUAUGAAAUUAUCGAUAAAAAGGUCCCUUAACAUUUUUCUAACCACCCACACCAUCGAUUCAAGAAUUUUCAAGAUCGAGAAUUCUGAAAGUUUCACUCUCACGUUUUCCUAUUUCUUCUUCGUCAGAAAAGAUAUUGUUUGUAUGUAUAGGAGAAAUUCGGAUUUUAUCCCUCAUUUUUUCAUCGGGUUAUCCCUUCGACUCUCUGCAAGAUUUAAUUUCUACUCCUCCAUUAUAAAAGCUCUCAUCAUUUUACUUCCUUCCGUGCUUAACCAUCCAUCGCAGAUUACAUAGUAAGUGUAAAAAAAACUUCAAGUUUUGUAAAGAAUUUUUCCUGGUGAUUUACAUUAAUGUCAACUAUAUUUCACUAUUCCACAUAUUGUACGUCUGUUCUGGAGUCUUUCAUACGGUAUUCUAUUGUUUACAAUAUUAUACUUUCGUACAUUGAUAUUUCGACUUUUUAAAAAAAAGAUGUGGGUGGGCGAGGCAACCGAUGAUAAUAAUGAAAGAGAAAUCAUUUCACGUCUACUGGAAAUAGUAAUUUUGAAUCGACGUUGGAUUUUUUAGAAGUCACAAAAUCAAUCAGUUGUCUCGACGGAAUCAAUCGCACCGGUUGAAUGAUACUCUAUAUAAUAAUUAAAUACGAUUAUCCUAAUGAACAAGUAUUAGACGCGUGAGGUAUUAAACGAAAGAGACGUGAAUAAAUGACUUAGAAAAUUGAGUUCAUUUUAUUUGUGUCACUAUUGAUGCCGAUUAGCGAUCAGUAAAAUGAUCAUUGUGAAUGAUUAUUUGUUGAUCAAUCGCACUCAAUAAUGCUGACAAUAAAUUAUCGUGAUUAGUCGCACCUCUUUGGAUUCAGUUGCGUCAUUAUUUAUUAAUUGUAAUGGCAGUUUAUAUUUAAUAAAAAUGAUAAAAAUUAUGGAA